AUGCGAGCCGCCAGCCCCAGACUCUGUACCCGCCUGCCCCAGACUCUACACCCCAUCCGCCUGCCCCAGUCUCUAUACCCCAGCCUGCCCCAGACUCUGAACCCCUCUGCCCUAGACUCUACCCCGAGCCGCCUGCCCCAGACUCUACACCCCAGCCGGCUGCCCCAGACUCUAAACCCCAACCGGCUGCCCCAGACUCUCAGCCCCAGCCGCCAACCACAGACUCUGAUCCCCAGACGUCUACCCCAGAGUCUAAGCCUAAACUGCCUGACACAUACUCUCAGCUCUAGCCCACUGCCCCAGACCCUUAAUGUGAGCCGCCUUCCCCAGACUCUACACCCCAUCCGCCUGCCCCACCCAAACAUCCUGCCCCAGACUCUAAACCCCAAACGCCUGCCCCAGACUCUCAGCCCGAACCGCCUGCCACAGACUCUGAUCCCCAAUCGCCUGCCACAGACUCUGAUCCCCAAUCGCCUGCCCCAGAGUCUAAGCCUGGACCGCCUGCCACAGACUCUAUAUGCGAGCCCCAUUUCCCAGACUUUUCACCCCAUCCGCCUGUCCCUGUAUUUACACCCCAGCCGCCUGUCACAGACUCCAAGCCCGAGCCGCAUGCCCAAAAUUCCACACCUCAGCCGCCUGCCCAAGACCCUACACCCGAGCCGCCUUCCACUGACUCUACACCCCAGCUGCCUUUCCCAGACUUUACAUCGGAGCCUCCUGCCCCAGACUCUUCACCAGAGCUGCCUGCCCAAGCCUCUUCAUCGGAGCCGCCUGCCCCAGACUCUUCACCGGAGCCGCAUUCCCCAGAUUCUACACCCCUGCCACCUGCCCCAGACUCUUCAGCAGAGCCGCCUGCCCCAGAUUCUACGCAUGAGCUGCCUGCCCCAGACUCUUCACCGGAGCCGCCUGCCCCAGAAUCUUCACUGGAGCCGCAUGCCCCAGAUUCUACACCACAGCCGCGUGCCCCAGACUCUUCACCGGAGCUGCCUGUUCAAGACUCUUCAUCGGAGCCGCUUGUCCCAGACUCUACUUCCCAGCCGCCUGCCCCAGACUCUAAGCCUGAACCUUCUUUCAAUGACUCUAAGCCCUAGCCCCCUGCCCCCGAUUCUACACCCCAGCAGCUUGCCCCAGACUCUGAGCCCGAUCCGCCUGCCCCUUACUCUACAUCCGAGUCGCGUACCCCAGACUCUGUGCCCGACCUUCCUGCCCAAGACACUACACCGGAGCCGCCUUCCCCAGACUGUACUCCCCAAUCUCCGAGCCCAAACAGCUUGCCCCAGACUCCGAGCCCGAACUGCCUGCCUCAGACUCUGAGACCCAGCCGCCUUCCCCAGACUCUGAGACCGAACCGCCUGCCCCAAACUCUGACCCCAAGCCUUCUGCCCCAGACUCUACACCCGAACUGCCAGACUCUACACCCGGGCCGCCUGCCCGCCUGCCUUUCUUUGUCAACUGUUGGUCACUGGCCCCUGUACAAAAAAACUCCCCCCCCCAAAAAAACCCCACAUUCGCUAGCCUCAUGGCACGAAUGCCUUAGUUAUAG